ACAGUCGUCGUAGCUGGACGGUGAGGCGCGCUGUGGACCGUUGCUACGAGCACGUUGCUAAGGGGUAAAGGGGGAGGGGCCGCCGUGUGGCGAACACACUAGAGAAACGUGAGCGCCGCGGGACACGUGACCCGGCCGCUGGCCAAUCGGCAAGAGGAGGCGGGGCUUAGGUGACGUGCUAUGUGGUGUGCCUGAGAGAGCUGGUGCGCACUUGGCUGAGGACAGACCGAGCUGGUGGUCGUGCGUUUGUGGGGGGCGCUCGCCUUUAUCUACACUCAACUUUAUUCGUCUUCGGCACGCACACGAUGUUAGGGAGACCACUGCUGCAUUCUAAUAUCCAAGCAGAACCCCCAUUGUGUCUCUUAGCAACGGAGGAAGGUCGCAGAGGCUAAAAGUCCCCCCUGAACCCCCUCUUUCUACUUUAUAUUUACUUUGACACCAUGAGCCUCUUCUGGACUUGAAUCCAACAUCAACUUAACGUAAAUAUACGCUUUGCUUUCUAGUACCCUAAAAUCUUUAAAAAAAUAAAAAUAAAAAAAAAAACCCAAUAAAACAAGAAAAAGAAAAAUGGGGGUGAAUGCCAUCCACUGGUUUAGGAAGGGUCUUCGUCUCCAUGACAACCCAGCCUUGAUGGAGUGUAUCCAGGGAGCUGAUACCGUCCGCUGCGUCUACAUCCUAGAUCCCUGGUUUGCCGGGUCGUCCAAUGUGGGAAUCAACAGGUGGAGAUUCCUCCUGCAGUGUCUAGAAGACCUUGAUGCCAAUCUUCGCAAACUUAACUCCCGCUUGUUUGUCAUCCGUGGACAGCCUGCCGACGUGUUUCCUCGGCUCUUCAAAGAAUGGAAGAUUAGUAAACUGUCUAUUGAGUACGAUUCUGAGCCAUUCGGAAAAGAACGAGAUGCCGCCAUCAAGAAGCUGGCGAGCGAGGCAGGCGUGGAGGUCAUUGUACGCAUUUCACACACGCUGUAUGAUCUGGACAAGAUUAUCGAGCUGAACGGUGGGCAGCCACCUUUAACCUACAAAAGAUUCCAGACGUUGAUCAGCAAAAUGGAACCGCUGGAAAUCCCGGUAGAGACCAUCACGGCCGAGGUCAUGGAGAAGUGCACAACUCCUGUGUCCGACGACCACGAUGAGAAAUACGGGGUCCCUUCUCUGGAAGAAUUAGGGUUUGACACUGAGGGAUUACCAUCUGCUGUGUGGCCUGGAGGGGAGACUGAAGCACUCACUCGCUUGGAAAGGCACUUGGAAAGGAAGGCAUGGGUGGCAAACUUUGAAAGACCACGAAUGAACGCCAAUUCCCUUCUGGCAAGCACUACAGGGCUAAGCCCUUACCUGCGGUUCGGAUGUCUCUCCUGUCGUCUCUUCUACUUUAAAUUGACAGACUUGUACAAAAAGGUAAAGAAGAACAGCUCACCUCCCCUAUCUCUAUACGGACAGCUCCUGUGGAGAGAGUUUUUCUACACCGCAGCCACAAACAACCCUCGCUUUGACAAAAUGGAAGGGAAUCCCAUAUGUGUUCAGAUUCCCUGGGACCGGAACCCAGAGGCGCUAGCCAAAUGGGCUGAGGGGCGGACAGGCUUUCCGUGGAUAGAUGCUAUCAUGACUCAGCUACGACAGGAAGGUUGGAUCCAUCAUCUGGCACGGCACGCUGUGGCUUGCUUUCUCACUAGAGGAGAUCUGUGGAUAAGCUGGGAGGAAGGAAUGAAGGUCUUUGAGGAGCUAUUACUGGACGCAGACUGGAGCGUAAACGCCGGGAGCUGGAUGUGGUUGUCGUGCAGCUCCUUUUUCCAGCAGUUUUUCCACUGUUAUUGCCCAGUUGGCUUUGGAAGAAGAACAGAUCCCAAUGGGGAUUACAUCCGGCGAUAUUUACCAAUUUUAAAAGGUUUCCCACCAAAGUACAUCUACGAUCCCUGGAACGCUCCGGAGUCAGUGCAGAAAGUUGCAAAAUGUAUUAUCGGAGUAAAUUACCCCAAACCUAUGGUGAAUCACGCAGAGGCCAGCCGCCUGAACAUUGAACGGAUGAAGCAGAUAUACCAGCAGCUUUCCCGAUACAGAGGUCUUGGGCUUCUUGCAUCAGUGCCUUCAAAUCCGAAUGGGAAUGGUGGACUCAUGAGUUAUUCUCCAGGGGACAGCAUGCCUGGGUGCAGCAACAAUGGAGGGUCUCAAAUGGGAACUGAGGGCAACAAUAAUAACCAAGGGGAGAGUCAUCCUGGGAAUGGAGGCAUUCAAGGUUACUGGCAGGGGAGCAGUAUCCUGCAUUACAACCAGGGAGACAACCAGCAGUCCUACUUAAUACAAGCAAAGAACAGUGUGAACUCUGGUGUCUUCUGGCAAACGUCCCAACCCAGAAGAGGAGACUCAUAAAGUGUUGGACCUAAGGUCCAGCGGCAAAGCAGCCACUAACUUGAUGCCGGAAAUCCGAGAGUGUCCUGAACGAUUGAUUCUCCUCAGUAUUGGACUCUGUAUGUAAAUAGGACCACAGAAGAUUAGACAAGAGCGCGGUCUCUCCUCUGAGAACUGUCGUGGACUGUUGGAAGCUCGUCGGC